AUGAGUAGCCAAAAAGGAAACGCACACCGAGUGCGACCGCAAAAACAUCAGAACCGUUUCGCGUUCAAAAACAAUUUGCACGACACAAACAUUCGGACCAAACGUCUGAACGCCGUGCAAAUAACCAGCGUGUGUCCGCGCUGUAAGGACAUCUUGGAAUGGAAAAUUAAAUACAAAAAGUAUAAAAUGUUGAAAGCGCCCAAGAACUGCAAUAAAUGUCACAAUAAAUGCGUCAAACAGCCGUACCACACGUCGUGCCAUCAGUGCUCGAGCGAUUUGGCCAUUUGUCCGAAAUGCGCAGUUCCGAGAAGUGAAUGGGCUACGAAAUGCCAGUCGGGUACGAUCGAAAACGAAGACGACGAAGGCAAAGAUUCCGAAUCGGGAUCCGACGGCGAUUCACCCAACGAUUAA